AUGGCAUUUAAUGUUCUCUUUUGUGUUCAUUGUCGUGUCCUUAAUCUAACUACAUGUCACACCAAAGUAGAGCGCCAUCUUUCUACUUUCUACUUUCAUUUAUCUCCCCUUACCUUCUCAAGCAACAAACCAGGUUUCAGAGCUGCAGCCGGGACGCGGGGGAGUUGCGCUUUUCUUGUCUUUGUAAACAACACAGGUCACCUUAGAUGCGUUAAGGAGCACGUAAGCGUCGACGAAGUGUCCCCUGCUACACCCAUUUCUGGCCUGAUCUCUCUCUCUCUCUCUCUCUCUCUCUCUCUCUCUCUCUCUCUCUUUCUCUCUGCCCUCCACACUUAUUUCGAAACGCGUACCAAAGUUAUUUAUCUCUCUAUUUAUCUCUCUUUUUCCUUCUUUUCUCUUUCUCAAUUUUGUUGCCUCACAACUUCUCUUUUCUUUCUUUUAAGCAAAUGUCUAUGUAUUUUUAAACCUAUCUAUCUAUCUAUCUAUCUAUCUAUCUAUCUAUCUAUCUAUCUAUCUAUCUAUCUAUCUAUCUAUCUAUCUAUCUAA